CCCCGCCCCCUCCCGCAUCCCGCGCCGUGCCCGGAGCUGGUUGCGAUGGGCCCGGGCUGGCGGGCGCCGUCGGCCGCGCUGGUCGGUGGCAGCGUGGCGCUGUUCGGGGCGCUCCGGAGGGCGGCCCUGGUGCUGCCCAGACCCGCUGCCGUCAGGAACCGGCCCGGCCGGGUUUGGCGUUGGUUGAACCUCCUGGUUUCGUUCGCACAUUCCGUGCUCGCGGGGCUCUGGGCCCUAUUCAGCCUUUGGCAAUCCCCGGAGCUGCUCUCUGACAUCCAGGACGGGUACAGCGUCUCAGGGCACCUGCUGGUCUGCUUCUCUUCAGGUUACUUCAUCCACGACAGCCUGGACAUCAUCUUCAACCAACAGUCCCGCUCGUCCUGGGAAUACCUGGUGCACCACGCCAUGGCCAUCUCUGCCUUCGUCUCACUCAUCAUCACGGGCCGCUUCCUGGUGGCGGCGAUGCUUCUGCUGCUGGUGGAGGUGAGCAACAUCUUCCUCACCGCCCGCAUGCUACUGAAGAUGAGCAACGUGCCUUCCCCGGCGCUCUACGAGGCCAACAAGUACAUCAACCUGGUGAUGUAUUUCGCCUUCCGCCUGGCGCCCCAGGCCUACCUCACCUGGUACUUCGUGCGCUACGUGGAGGUGCAGGGCCAGGGUGCCUUCCUGAUGGCCAACCUCCUGCUGCUGGACGCCAUGAUCCUCAUGUACUUCUCCCGCCUCCUGCGCUCUGAUUUCUUCCCCUCCCUGCGUAAAGGAGCCGUAGGGAGAGAUGUGGACGGCGAGAAGUUCCUCAUUGACUGAGUGAGCCGUGCGUGCGCUGGGGACCGGGGGGGGGGGGCUCUCCGUUCCUGCUCUAUGUGCCUUAGGGCUCGCUCCUUGGCUGCGGGCUCUGCAUUCACCUGCUCUGCUGCCUAUAAGCUCUACCCUGCUGGAACCAGCCCGACGGCCUCGGCGAGCCGUGGGGAUGCCACCAAAGCUGGGGGCACAGUUGACAAGAGGAGCAGCCCAAGCCGGCUUCUGUGCCAGCACGGCCAGGGGUGCCUGUGAGGGAAGGGCUGAGCCUCACCCGUGGUGGUGUUGGGUGUUCUGUGCAUUAAAUGGGUCUGGUUACUGCUGCUGCA